GAGGCAGGGGGCAGAAUGAAGCUUUAAUGGAGGACAGAGUAGUGAACACAAUCGCUGUAAUAUCGGUGAUUUUUCUGAUCACUUUUGUCGUCAUCGCUCGCGUCUUCUUAAACCGUUCAAAAGCCUUCUUCCUCAUCUUGGGGGCCGAUGUUGCCGUGAUCAUCGCAAUCUUCGCCUUCGUUCUCAUCCGAAGGCGAUUCAACCGUAGAAGAAGAUUGAUCGAGUCCCGAUUAAAAUCUGAAGGUAGCGAGCUCCGAAUAGAAUACAGCUUCUUACGAAAAGUUGCCGGCGUUCCGACCAAAUUUCGAUUCCAGGAGCUCGAAGAUGCCACCGGCGGAUUCCAGUGUCUACUCGGCCAAGGCGCCUCUGCUUCGGUCUUCAAAGGCAUUUUAAACGAUGGCACGUUGGUCGCGGUGAAGCGAAUCAACGGCGAAGAACGAGGCAAGAAGGAGUUCAAAUCGGAAGUCGCCGCCAUAGCCAGCGUCCAGCACGUCAACCUCGUGCGCCUGAUCGGAUCAAGAAUCCUCCACCUGGACAUAAAACCAGAAAACAUUCUGCUAGACGAGAAUUUCAAAGCAAUCGUCGCAGACUUAGGUCUCUCGAAGCUAAUGGGGAAAGACGAAAGCCAAGUGAUGACCACAGUGAGAGGAACAAGAGGGUAUUUAGCUCCAGAAUGGCUCUUAGAACAUGGAGUUUCAGAGAAAACAGACAUAUACAGUUACGGUAUGGUCCUAUUAGAGAUCGUAGGAGGAAGAAGAAACGUGUGUUUGAUCCAAGAUCCGAGGGACAAGGAGAAGAAGAAGUGGGAAUACUUUCCCAGGAUUGUGAACGAGAAAGUGAGAGAAAACAAGUUGAUGGAAAUUGUGGAUGAGAGAUUGAUGGAAGGUGGGGGAGUGGAAGAGAGGGAAGUGAAGAGGAUGGUGUAUGUGGCAUUGUGGUGCAUCCAAGAGAGGCCAAGGGUGAGGCCAAAUAUGAAACAAGUGGUGGAGAUGCUUGAAGGUAGAGUAAUGGUGGAUCAGCCGCCUGAUACGAGAAUGGUUAUGGGAAAUUUCUUUUCAAUGGAAGGAGGAGAAGAAGAUGAAGCAGAAAGUUCCCAGACCGUCACAAGUUUGGCUGCUUAUUUGGCCAGCCAAAGGGCAACAGGAAAUUUGGACUAUGUAUCCACUUACUCCAUGGCCACCACGGUUCUAUCUGGUAGAUAGUGGAAUAGAUUGGAGUUAGAGUUGAAGUAAUUCUUCUAAAGGCAUGAUCUGUAUUCAUACCAACUCCAAUUCCAAUCUUGGCGUUUCACUGGUCAAAAUUUCUCUUGCAAGAAAUUUGGCCUAUGCAUGCAGCUGCUCCAUGGCCACCACGGUUCAUUCCCCCUAAUGCCCACAGAUAUGCAUAUGCAUAUUUCUUCUUUUUUUUUUUAUGGUUUUUCAACCUGGUCAAAUUGAGCAUUAUCAGCUCUAAGUCAAAGUAACUCCCAAAAGUAUUUUUCCUGGUAAAAAAAAGUUU